AUGUCGACCGAGCAACAACCCCCGACCAAAAUCGACACCUCCUCCCACCCAGCCCUCCACACAGCGCAGCCGGGCCCGACGUCCCCGCAGCUCGAGAAGGACGCCGCGCGCGCCAUGAGCAGCACCGACAGCUGGAAGCCCAGCCUCGGCGGCCGCAAGCAGAGCUACGCCAAGGAGGACCAGAAGCGCGCACUGCAGAUGAGCGGCGUGAUGGGCGAGGUGCCUUCCGGUCCGGGGUUUACGGAGGGCGCAAAUGGUAGUAGUUGA